CGCUAAACAACCCCCGUACCAUAUCUCAGGGAUCUUGUUAUUAUAUCUCUUAAAUCCGCAGACAUGUCUUUCUCCAUAGAGUUUCUCCCUGCCCUUUGUUGGUUCAGGGUGAUUUCCUUCUUCUUUCGCGGGCCUUGUUCCUGCUUUGAGUGUUACUAGGCCUUGUUUAAUACGUUCACAUCAUUCAUUUCACAUUUCGUCACUCAAGCUCGUACAUACCAAACAUUCCUCAUCUCUCUGCUACUACUACCCACGGACAUCUGCCAAACUCUUGUCCCUCACCAAUUCUUGUCUAGCAGCAGAGACGGCCAGCCCUGCGAGAUCAGGAUCUGAAACAAGGGUAAGCACUUUCAGCUGCAAAACAUCGAAUCCAUCCCGGGCGGCUUCAUCCCAUUUCCGUCCGACGGUUGCGCAGCCUUGACGGCCCCACGCAAGGACUGCUGUCAAAUCCUCCCGCCUCAGAGUACAUUCGGAGACCGUACCGCGCCUCGUCGUGGUGAGGCUGUCCCUGCGAUGGGUCUGUUCGCGAAGAAGACAACAAACCCGGCCUCGACCACUCUCGAGCCCACCAACCAAAACAAUGCCAAGUCUGAAGAUACCACUGCCGUACCCAGCCAAAAUGUAUCAGACACAGAUUCGUUGGAGAAGAGCAGAGACACAGAGACAACCGUCGUGGAUGAAAAGGCGCCCGAAACCAACGAGGGGCUGCAAGAUGCUGCCACAGGACCAAAGGAUACCUUUGUCCCUUCGGAGAAGACGACGCACCCCCAAUCGGAGACCUGGGAAAAGGCAGAAGAGGAAGUACAGAUUCAGAGCGACGCAAAGAGCACAACUUCCGCGAGUGUGGUUGCUCCAGCGGGCCCGGAAGACGAUGAUGAAAUAGUCUAUCCUGGAGGACUGAAACUGGCGCUGAUCACCCUUGCCCUUUGCCUGUCGGUAUUCUUGGUUGCGCUCGACAACACCAUUAUUGCGACGGCCAUCCCCAAGAUUACAGAUCACUUUAACUCUCUGGGCGAUGUCGGGUGGUAUGGGUCAAGUUACCUGCUCACGACUUGCGCUUUGCAGUUGUUCUUUGGAAAGCUGUACACCUUUUACUCCAUCAAGACAGUAUACCUUGUCUCCAUUGUCAUCUUUGAGGUUGGAUCGGCUGUUUGCGGUGGUGCCCCAACCUCCGAUGCGCUCAUCGUUGGUCGUGCGAUAGCCGGUGUCGGAUCCGCAGGGAUUUUUAGUGGUGCUUUGGUGAUCAUUGCAUACACUGUACCGCUGAUUAAACGACCGAUCUAUACUGGUGUCAUUGGAGCCAUGUAUGGAAUUGCCUCGAUCGCUGGUCCGUUACUGGGUGGUGCCUUUACCGACGGGCCCGGUUGGCGGUGGUGCUUUUAUAUCAACCUUCCUCUUGGUGGUGUUACCCUCGCAGUCAUCUUCUUCUUCUUCCACUCGCCCGUCCGCAAGGCCGAGGAGAAAGUACCCCUUCGAGAACGCGCCCACCAACUCGACCUAGGCGGCACUGCUCUCUUCAUCCUCGACAUUGUCGUCUGCCUGUUGGCCUUGCAGUGGGGCGGCUCGACAUAUGCUUGGUCCAACUGGCGGAUCAUCCUAUGUCUCACGCUUUUUGGUGUCCUGACCAUCAUCUUCAUCAUCCAUCAAUACUACAUGAAGGAAUUUGCCACCAUCCCUUUCAACAUCAUCUCGCAACGAAGCGUGGCAUCUGCCUGUUGGUUCGCGUUUGCCCUUGGUGCUGCCUUUUUUGUCUUGAUUUACUGGGUGCCCAUCUGGUUCCAAGCCAUCAAGGGUGCAUCUGCCUUCAAGUCUGGAAUCAUGUGCUUGCCCAUGGUCCUGGCACUCGUACUAGCGAACAUCCUAACUGGUGUGGGCACGACCGCGAUUGGUUACUACGCUCCAUUCUACAUUGGGUGUGUGAUCUUCUCUACCAUCGGGGCAGGUCUUUUAACGACGUUCGAAACCUCCACCGGCCACGAGAAAUGGAUUGGUUAUCAAAUCAUAUACGGCUUUGGAGUUGGUCUAGGCAUGCAACAAGCUCUCAUCACUGUCCAGGCCGUUCUCCCCUUGAAGGACGUGCCUACGGGCACUGCGUUGGUUAUGUUCAUGCAAACAUUCGGCGGCGCCCUUUUCGUCUCGGUCGCCCAAAACAUAUUCAACAAUCGGCUCAUGUCGGAGAUCCCCAAACAGGCACCAGGAAUCAAUCCUGCCAUUAUCUUGCACGUCGGAGCGACGAGUCUCAAGGAUCACGUCCCAAAAGCGGCGCUGCACGGUGUACAGACGGCGUACAAUAACUCGUUGACGCAGACAUGGUAUAUUGCGGUGGCAAUGACAUGUUUGCAGAUCAUCGGGGCUGCGUUUGUCGAGUGGAAGAGCGUGAAGGGCAUGAAGCCCGGAGGCAUAGCUGCCUAGUGGGCACUGCCGACACCACCGUCCAAUAUUUCGAGUGAGCAUUUUGCCUCGGCGUUGGUGGCGAUGUUGUUCUGUGGACUCUGCAUCUGUAUUGUGCAUUCGUCAACCAUUGAUAUGGGGAGAUGCAUUGGCAAAAGUGGUUGUCAGCCCGACUUGAUGUGUUGGAUAUGGUGCUGGGCGUGUCAUAUCGUGUUACGAAUCCCCACUACUUCACGACUGAAUAGACUAGAUAUAGAGAUCUGUCGGGACGGGGAGUGGUCCCUGUCCGACCCUCCAAAAGCUGAAAUCGUUGUCGCCAGAAGCAUUGCAUCGCUCCGUUCUUCAGCAAGACGAGUAGUUGACGUUGAUCCAUCCC